GAAUCAAAAGAAACCCUAGCUCUCGUACCUCUAUCGCGGUAAAAAUAAAGAAGGAACAGAAGUAUCAAAAUUAUCGAAAAUUAAUUUCGGAAAUCGACGAAUCUAUUAGGGUUUCAAAUCAGAAGGCCAGAUUCAAAGCCUGGUAUAUGUUUAUUGUUUGUGAUCUUCACGAUUUUGCGAGGAAUCGGUUUUUCGGCUUCAUGUCGGUUCAGAUCUGAAAAAUGCGUAGGGGCAUGUAUGAUGGAAUGUGAAAAUUGGGGGUUUUCGGUUUGGGUGUUUGGAUUGAGGAAAGGUUGAUGGAAAAUAGAGUAGAAAACUCUGAUGAUGGCGCUGCAAUUCCCAAAAAAUCUAGAUCGUUGGAUCUUAAUAGUUUGUAUCAAUAUAGGCUAACGAAAGAGGGUCAGAAUAAGAAUUUGAAGAGGAAGAAUAGUAGUUCCGAGGACGGUGAUGAAAGGAGGAACAAGAAGAAGAAGAGUAGGAAAGAGGUGUCUCUGAGUACUUUCAAAGACGUUAAUGAUAGAAGUGUAAAGAGUGUGGAUGACGUGUAUAGCAGUCGGUUGAGUUCUAGUUCCCACGAUACAAAGGAAUCAAAGUCGGGUUUGAGUCAGAAAUUGAACAGCUAUACUGCCUCUCUCAGUAUAAAUGAUAAUGCCUUUCGGAUCCCGAAGCGUAAGCGGGGUUUUGUGGGGCGGAAAAAAAUUGAAGGUGGUCAAGUGUUGAAGCCGGUGGGCAAGUCUAGUAGUAAAGUGGCUCUUGUUGAUCAGAUAGCCAAGUUAAGUCCUGAUGAUUCUGGCACCCAGGUUGAGUCUUCUAAAGUUAGACGAAAGCAAGGUUUUGAUGAAUCUAAGGAAAAUAGAAAUAGUGAGUCAAAUUUGGCUGGGAACUUGAAAGAAGAAGGACCUGCUGGCCAUUUGGUUGUAAACAAUGGUAAUUCGUCUUUGAAGAGGUCACAAAGAAAUCGUAGAAAAAGGAAAGAUUUGGCAUCGGGUAGUAAAAGUGUAGUGAAGGAGGCUGUGUCUUUGGUUGAUAAUUCUUCUAGGAUAUCUGAUGAUUCACGAGAAGAUGAUGAAGAGAAUCUUGAAGAGAAUGCAGCGAGGAUGCUAUCAUCUCGGUUUGAUCCAAGCUGUACUGGGUUUUCUUCAAAUGGCAAGGCUUCUGCAUUGCAAUCUGCAAAUGGGUUGUCUUUUUGGUUAUCUUCAGGUCAGGAUUUUGUUGGUCGUGGGUCUAAGUCUUUAUCUGGGUCAGAAUCUGCAUCAGUUGAUGCUGCUCUGAGAGUACUGAGACCAAGGAUUCAGCACAAAGAGAAGGGACACUCAAGAAAAAGGCGCCACUUUUAUGAAAUCGUCUUUAGGGACUUGGAUCCUUAUUGGGUAUUGAACCGACGAAUCAAGGUCUUUUGGCCUUUGGACCAGAGUUGGUAUUAUGGUGUUGUGAACGAGUAUGACAAAGAAGGGAAGCUUCAUCAUGUCAAAUAUGAUGAUCGUGAUGAAGAAUGGAUUAACCUCCAAAAUGAGAGGUUCAAACUUUUGCUGCUCCCUGGUGAAGUUCCUGGUAAGGCAGGGAGGAAAAAAUCAGCUAUGAGAAAUAAAAGUGUUGAUGAGGGAAAAAGAAGCUUGAAGAUCAACAAAAAAAAGGAAAAGAGAGACUUUACUGCCGAGGAUGAUAGUUGUUUAGGCAGCUAUAUGGACUCAGAACCCAUCAUCUCAUGGUUGGCUCGAUCUACUCGUCGCAUCAAAUCAUCUCCUUCAUGUGCUACAAAGAAACAGAAGACGUCUGGUGCAUCUUUGCAGUCUUUGUCAGCAGGUUUGUCUGAUGAAGUUGUCAAUCUACAUGGUUGUUUGGACAAGGGUUUGUCGAGAAAAAGUAAGUUAUCUAGCAAGUCUGAAUUGCCAGACAGAUUAACUGACAGUGGAAGGCUAGAGAGGUCUGCCACUGGCACUACCUGCCCUGAAGAGAGCAAACUGCCUAUUGUUUAUUUUAGGCGGCGGUUCCGCAAGACAGGCCCAGAAUUGUCUCAUAUAUCCAGGAACAAUCCUGUCUGUAGAAGUGCACCUGGUUCUGUUGCUUCUUGCCGUAUUGUUGAUGAAAUUGGGGAUUUUGAAGAGCAUGAUGUUUCACUUGGAAGGUUGGACUCUGAUUUGCCUUUGUGGUCAACUGACAAUGUAGGGUCGUUAGAUUUUUCUCUUUCAUUGAUAAAAUCAGGGCAAAUCAGGUUUGAGUUGAACUUACCAGUGCGGUUGGUCCUGAAUGACUCAUUUGGAGCGGAGAACUUUUGGUUAUUCAGAGCUAUAUUUCUGCUUCAGCAUGGUAUGGUGAUGAUCAUGUGGCCAAAGGUUCAAUUGGAGAUGCUUUUCAUUGAUAAUGUAGUUGGAUUGAGAUUUCUCUUGUUUGAAGGUUGCUUCAAGCAGGCUGUAGCCUUUGUUUUCCUGGUCCUGAGAGUAUUUUAUCGGCCUAAGGAACAGGGGACAUAUGUAGAUUCACAAUUGCCAGUAACUUCAAUUAGGUUCAAAUUCUCAUGUGUUCAAGAUCUUAGGAAGCAGCUUGUGUUUGCAUUCUACAACUUCUCUGAAUUGAAGAAUUCGAAGUGGGUGUACCUAGAUUGUAAACUUAAGAGGCAUUGUUUGCUUACCAGGCAACUACCUCUGUCAGAAUGCACUUAUGAUAAUAUUCAUGCAUUUCAAAACGGAAGAAAUCAGUUACCUAUCACUUCUGCUUGUGGGCGGCCCUCCUCUGUCAAGGCAUUAUUGAAGAGUUCUAGGCAGGGCAUAAGUGUCAUGGGUCUUGCCAGAGAUUGCACCUAUGUGAAUGUGAGUCAGCCAUCAUCUAAUUCCAAUGAGAUGCACAAGAAACUUACUCCAUUUGCUCUUUGUUUCGCUGCUGCACCUACUUUCUUUCUUAGUUUGCAUCUGAAGCUGCUUAUGGAAUAUAGUGUGGCUCAUAUCAGUUUCCGGGACCAUGAUUCAGUAGAGAAUUUAGGGAACUCUGCGAGAUUCAUGGUGGAUGACUGUUCUAGUGUGGAGGACUGCACUAAGGAUGUUGUCGGGAAUAAUUUGAAGUCCUUGUCUAAGGAAAUUGCUUUUGAUGGCUGGCUUUCUUGUGCUAAAUCAGAGGACAGAGAUUUGAUAAAGUCCUCCUUGAAGUACAAAGAUGUUGAUCUUAGUGUUGCUGGAACUUCUGCGGUUUUGCAGGAUUCUGAAAAGGUUGGGACUGAUGCUACCGUCCAGGUGCAGAAGUGGCAAAGCCACCAUUCAGAGGCUGAACAAUGUGCUUUGUUGCGAAGACCGUCAGUUGACAGAGAUAAGGCUGAUACCAGUUCCCAUUCUUUUCUGAAUGGUCUCAGUAUUGAAAUUCCAGCAUUUAAUAAAUUUGAGAAGCCCGAAGAUGGGGGGGAGUUGCACAGUGCUCAACAUUCUGAGGAUGGGGAGUUACACAGUGCUCAACAUUCUACGGAUGUGUCUUGGAAUAUGAGUGGUGGCAUCAUCCCCAGCCCCAACCCCACUGCUCCCAGGAGUACAUGGCAUCGAAAUAAAAAUAAUUUGUCAUCAUUUGGAUACCUCUCUCAUGGUUGGUUAGAUGGGAAGGCUGACAUCUUCCAAAAUGGUUUUGGCAAUGGGCCCAAAAAGCCACGAACUCAGGUUUCAUACUCGUUGCCACUCGGAGGUUUUGAUGUUAACUCAAAGCAUAGAAGUCAUCACCAGAAAGCACUUUUUCAGAAACGUAUUAGGAGGGCUAAUGAGAAGAGAUCAUCAGAUGUUUCUAGAGGCUCUCAAAAAAACUUGGAGUUGUUAUCUUGUGAUGCAAAUGUGUUGAUCACACUUGGUGACAAAGGGUGGAGAGAAUGUGGGGCACAAGUUGUAUUAGAGAUUUUUGAUCAUAAUGAGUGGAAGCUUGCUGUAAAAGUUUCAGGAAUUACAAAGUAUUCAUACAAGGCACAUCAGUUUUUGCAGCCUGGUUCAACAAACCGUUACACUCAUGCCAUGCUGUGGAAAGGAGGUAAAGAUUGGACCUUGGAGUUUCCAGAUAGGAGUCAGUGGGCUCUUUUCAAGGAGAUGCAUGAAGAAUGUUAUAAUCGGAAUAUUCGUGCUGCUUCCAUUAAAAACAUUCCCAUUCCUGGGGUUCGCUUGAUAGAGGAAAAUGAUGAUAGUGGAACAGAAAUAGCAUUUGUUCGCAGUUCUAAGUACUUGCGGCAGGUUGAAACAGAUAUUGAGAUAGCUUUGGAUCCAUCGCGUGUAUUAUAUGACAUGGACAGUGAUGACGAGCAGUGGAUUUCGGACAAUCCAAAUUCCUCUGAAGUUGACAACUGCAGCUUGGGAAAGAUUGCUGAUGAGAUGUUUGAAAGGACAAUGGACAUGUUUGAGAAGUCUGCAUAUGCUCAAGAGUGUGAUCAGUUUACAUCUGAUGAAAUAGAGGACCUCAUGGAUGGAGUUGGGCCCCUGGGUGUAAUUAAAACCAUUUACGAGUAUUGGCGGCAAAAAAGGCAAAAGAGGGGUACGGCUCUAGUCCGACAUCUUCAGCCACCACUUUGGGAAACGUAUCAACAAGAAGUGAAGGAAUGGGAGCUAGCUAUGACCAAAAUCAAUGCCAACCUCCCAAUGGGAUGUCAGGAGAAGGCUGCACCAAUUGAAAAGCCACCCAUGUUUGCCUUCUGUAUGAAACCACGGGGAUUGGAAGUUCCCAACAAGGGGUCAAAACAAAGGUCGCAGAGGAAAUUUGGAGUUUCUGGGCAAAGCAAUGCCAUUGGCGGAGAUCAGGAUGGUUUUCUUGCUUUUGGAAGAAGAUUGAAUGGGUUUGCUUUUGCGGAUGACAAAGUUUUAUACCCGGGCCACAGCUAUGAAUCUUUAGAUGAUUCUUCCCCUUUGCCUCAGGCAUCACCAAGGAUAUUUUCGCCACGGGAUGCAGGCAGCAGAGGAAUUUUGUCUAUGAGCACUGAUGGGUUUGAUAGGAAUCAUAUCCCAAAACUUCAGAGAAAUAAGUCAAAGAAAUUUGGGGCAUUUGUAUCUCCUAAUGACCAGCAGAUGGUGAUUUCAUACAAUCAGAAAAUGAUGGACAAGAGAAAUGGGCACCAUCGAUGGAAUUUAGGACAAUCUGAGUGGCCAAGACGGCAGCAUUAUCACUUAGAUGGGUCUCAGAGGCACGUCCUCGACCAGUUGGAUGGUUCUGAUCUUGACGAGUUCAGGUUGCGUGACGCAUCUGGUGCUGCGCAGCAUGCUAUUAACAUGGCUAAGCUGAAGAGAGAGAAGGCUCAGAGGUUGCUUUACAGAGCGGAUCUAGCCAUUCACAAGGCUGUGGUUGCUCUUAUGACUGCUGAAGCUAUGAAAGCUUCUUCAGAGGAUUUAACUGGUGAUGGGUAGAAUGGCCAAACGAGAAUCUUUUGGAUAAAGGGCUGUGUAAAUUCACCAAUUCUUGAAGCCUGCCGUUUGCGUUGUGUUUUUACUGGAAUCGAUCUUGGUUUAUACUUCUUCAAUGGUGGUCGCCCUUUCUCAUUCUCAUUAUUCACAGAAUGAUGAUGAAGCUGUGAGCAGUGAAAGAGGAGUUGCUGCUUCAACAAUGUGAUUUCCGAGUUCCUCCCACAAAAGUUUUUUUUUGCCAGCAUGAAUUCUACUCGGCUCAGUGCAAUUGUUGUACUGAUCCUUUGCAGGUUAUAGGGGCUUAUGGAAUUUUUGGCUGCAAGUCUUCUAUGUACAGAAAUUUUUUCCCCUUCCCCCCACCUCUUUUUUUU